AUGGCGGUCGACUCGCUCAGACGAGUUGGACGUCCCGCGUCGAAACCGAAAGACCAAAAGUGGCGCGACCGACCAAAUCACCUUAGCGAAGCGGGUCCUUGGCUCAAGCCCAAGACUGUGACCCCUCAAAACAGCAAGACAAUCUAUACCGCACCCCAGGAGAUCUCAGUCUCAUCGAGCCAGCGAAAUCCACUCACCAAGCAGUCUCGCAAGCGAAGUGCCCCGAAGAAGCCGAAGAAAGGGGUGGAAAGCGAGCCAAAAGCACCGAAGGCAGCCAAGGCACCAAAACCACCAAAACCACCAAAGGCACCAAAGGCCUCGAAAGUCUCGAAAGCAUCAAAAGCCUCGAAGGCUGGAGACAAGGCCUCUCAGAAGGUUCGUGAGGCAAGGUGUCAAAAGGCCAUAGCCACCGAACUCGUCAAUAUUCCUCACAAUACCGUGAAAGACACGGCGCCGAUCCCAGUCAUUGCCGAAUCAAAAAACAAAGACGAUGGCUCAACGGUGAAAGGACCGACACUACCAAAACAAGCAACAGGGGUAACGAACCGCAAGCACUCUCUCAAAAAUAAGCGAGGUCUGCAAAGAGGUGACGGAGACAUCCGAGAAUUCUUUGUCAGCACUGAUAAAGGACAGCAUGGGGAGACCGGGACCAAGCGAAAGCAAUCUGGCGACGAUGCAAAGGGAGGCCCGGCGGCAAAGAAGCAGAAAUUGUGA